AAUCGAAAAAGUUCACGCACAAGAACAAUCAACUGCAAUUGUUUCCAUGCCCUCUAAUGAAGAGUUGGAAUGUAUUAAUGAGCCCAUGCAAGAGGAACAUUUGGAGAACGAUCAAGAAGAACAAGCAACAAUUGAUUCAAAGGAACAGAUCAUAAAAGAAUCUACCGAAGAAAGCGUUGCAUUCGUGCAAUGCGAUAAUUCUUUCGAUUUGAAGCAGGAGUUCACUUCCGAUUCAGAAGAUGAACGCAGCUCAGCUCCAAAACGAUACGUGUUUUCUUGGAAAGAACUCUACAAGCCAAAAAUCAUUCCCAAAAAGCGUAGAAAUAUUCCAGAGUUACCUAAACCAGAGCUUAUACCAAAUACCUGCUAUAUAUGUAACAGUUCCUACGAAGAUGGUAAUGCGCUGGAAUCACACUUCGAAGAGCACGUCAGCAUUCUACCAUACACAUGCGAGCAGUGCAACACGGAAGCGCACCCGCAAGUGUUUAGAACGCUGAUUUCGCUCAAUAGGCACCUUCGAUCGCACCUCUACCCAUUUCUGUGUGAGCACUGUCCUUUACGGUUUUACACAAAGGCUAGUUAUACAACACAUUUGGAAGAAAAACACGAGACUGGCAGGGAUGGGUCUACUUGCAAUAUUUGUGGGCGGUAUUUUGCAGCGAAACGACCAUUCCUUAAACACAUGGCGGAUCACAGGAUAAUUGACAGUGCCAAAUAUAAGUGUGAAAACUGCGGCAAAAUAUUUCGAGAUGGUGGAUUACUUAGAAGGCACGUAAGAAUUCACACAGGGGAACAGCCUUUUGAAUGUAAGAAAUGUGGUAGAAGAUUCAACCACGAGGCCAAUUUCCAGAACCACAAACGACUUCACAUCGGAGAAAAGGCUUACAUCUGCAGUGAGUGUGGUAAAAAUUUCGUCAACGCAACAGCACUCCGUUACCAUAUGGCUGACCAUUUUCCGAACGAUCCACAAUAUCGAGUUCAAAAUCAGAGGUUCAAUGACGGUAAAUUGAAGAAUCCGAAGUUCUACGCUUGUCCGGUUGAAGGCUGCAGUUUCGUUUCGAGCGUAUACGUUGCUUACAGCGACCAUCGCAACAAACACAUGGCCAGACACCAGUGUGCGAUUUGUCAGAAAAAAUUCGGCUCUAAAAGUAUACUUGCGAGACAUACUGCAAUAAUUCACGAAGGUAUUGUUCCGGAGAAGAACCUUCCCUGUCCUUACUGUAGCAAGUGCUUUAGCAACAAACGUCAUUUGCGACUGCAUAUUGACGUCCACGAAAAUAACCGCAGGUUCAAGUGUAGCUUUUGCGAAAAGACUUUUAUCCAGAAGAUAAAUUGUGUGGUACACGAGAGAACACAUACCGGCGAACGGCCAUCUGUGUGUCGAAUUUGUCCAGCAAAAUUCAUCACUUCAUCGAACAGGAAUAAGCACGAGAAACUUUGUCAUUUCAGAAACGAAUCUGAGGAAAUCAACGUGAUCGGGUGCGUGAAGCACCUUUGUGAAGGUGAUGGUUACAUUGGUGAAAUAGACGUUGAGACCUAGCGGAUAAAGUGCCACGGUGAUGACAAAAAACAAUGAAUCAUUGUUAGUGUUAGAUGUUAGAAUUAUUUAAAAAUGAAUUCAGAUAUUGUGAAUAUAGCUAUUUUUCUAGUUGAACUCUUA